GUGUUUAGUGGCGCCCAGUUUACAUAUGAGUGACCUUGGGCUAGUUUUUCCGGCAUUUACAUGAGGAUUAAGGUCAUUUGCUUUUCGGGGUGCUUAUUUAGCGUUGUUCGUGCUAUGUAAUUAUUCCAAAUGUCACUAUGGAUGCAGUGAGUCUUAAUCCUCGCCUACUUCGAUACAAUGGAACAUGUCAGGACCCAGAAAUAUCUGAACAAAUAGGGAAAAAGAUCGUUUGCAAUCCAACUCAAAAAUAUACCCCUUAUCAAAUGCAGACUGAAUCGGUACACAACAUUCCGCCUGGUUCAUUUGCUCCUCAUGCACUAAUAAGUUCCACGGUUGACACACCUCCGAUUGCAUCUGUUUGGCUUGAGCAGGGAGAAUACUUUUUUGAUGAUGAAUUUGCAGAGCCUAUGGAUCCACAUCUGCAGGAAGAUAGAGACGAUAACACUAGGUAUCCUUUGAUGGUUCAAUCUAUGGAUUGUAGUCGAAAGCCUCCACCUGAUCUGAUUGGUCAUUCACGUUCUGAUUCUUGCAUAUUUAGUCCAGUCAAUUCACGAGAAAGUGAUCUUAGUGGUUCUAAGAUUGCUGGAAAUCACUUAGCAAACAACAUUAAUCACGAAAACUUUUCAAAUUGUCGGGAUGCUCAGUUGCCAAAUAAUAUAGAAUCUAAUAUUCCAAAAAACGCAAAUGAGAGCAAAAAUCUGUGCUUAAAGACAGGCUUUGUUUGUCAGGCAUCAAAUGAGACAAGUGAGGUUGACUUCAAUAAUGAUGCAAGCCAGCAGUUCACCAGUGAAUCCCAAGGGUCUGUUCACUACAAUGCAUCAGGUUCAACCAGCUGGAUGCAUAUGUUGAUGGAGCGUUCUUGUAAUCCUGAGCUGCGAGCUCUUAUCAACCGGACUGCCGCAGCAGUUGAUUACAAAUUAGCUUAUGGUGAUUCCAUCGGAUUGCAGGGCCGACUUGAAGAUAGGUCUUGUUUGUCUUCAAAGCACAAUGUUCCAGGUUUGGUAACAGGCAGUCGUUCUCUAAGUCAGGGUAGUCUUUUGGCUGCCGCUAGCUUAGCGGGUUUACGACAUGCCCUAGAUCAAACAACUCAGUUACUACCGAAACCUACUGACAGAAAUACAGAGCUUUGCUCUGUUGGGGUUUCUGCCGAUCUUAUUUCUGACGCGGUUUCGAUGGAACAUAAGAACCAAGAUUCUUCAACCUCAAAUACGACCACAUGGGCAAAGAAACACGGUAGUCGCGAAAGUCUUAAAAGAAAAUCUCUCAGAUCAACUGACAUGACUGUCUUUCCAUAUCCUAAUUUAAGCAAAGAGAAUGAGAUAGAAAGUGACCAUAAAACUACUUGGCAAACCAUCAAAGACGCUAAUGGAGCUUUGAUUACCUGGAACCAACUUAAGCGGGUUGUUAAACGAGCUGAAAGUCUUGGAAAGUCAUCAAGUGUCCGUGAAAGUCGGCGUGACCAACAUGAUCAGAGUGACUCUUUUGUUCCGAAAAUGAAUAUGACGGGUUCAGUCAAAAGCCGCUCACAUUCCCAACCCUUAGCUGGUGCUUCCCACAUGCAUCGGUUCUCAGGGACACUCUUCGAGAUAUUUAUGCAUGCUAGAGCUCAAGAUAUAGCUUCACUGGGUGUUCAUAGUGACUGUUCAGCUGUAGACUUGAAUGCUUCCUUUCCAAAGGGCAACUCUGUUUCUGCCUAUUCAAAUCCUGCUCAUAUAAUACGCCAAGAGGAUUCUGACCGUGCAGAUAUACUAUUGAAUAGAUAUAAUUAUCCUUUAGGAGUAGCCAUGUCACCACGUGUCUCGGGAGCCAGAAAGUCUUAUCUGUUUGCUGGAACGGAUCCAAGGAGGUCAAUUACUGAAAAUGAUAAAUAUUUACUACUACGCAAAGAAAGAAUAUUUCCAAGUAAGGGGAAUAUUCAGUUUUCACCCUUGUACACUAGUGCUGAUGCUGUUGCUCGCUCUAUGCGUAACUUUGGCGCUCAGUUUCCACCUUUAGACGAUUCCAAAAGUGCUUCCUCCAGAGGUCUUCUUAAUAAUCAAAGGAAAACCGGAAAUAUUCAAAACACUUCUCCAAUAUGGUCGACUAAGUUGCCGUUGCGCAAUGGGAGUUCUGCUGCGUACGCCAAUAAUUGUGCGGUACGUCAUAGCCAUCCUCAGCCACUUUAUCUAAGUAGGCCGAUGUCUGCACUUCAUUGUCAUGCCAAUCCUAAGAGGAAUGAAGGAAACAAUAUGCAACAGUCACCGUCCCCCAUCGAGCCUCCUACUAUUGCUGCUUGUCUUACAGCAUCUGCUGGACCAGAUUCACCGUACAUGGCUGCUUUACGCGCUGGUUGUGCUGCUAGAGGGUAUGCAGUUGGUUGGAUCGGCAAUCCGCGAGCGUCAAUAGCUUAUCCUGGGUUAGGUCUUUUGUCAGUCCCUCGCCCCUCGAGGUUAGCUGGAUCUGCUUUCCUUUCCCAUACUUUACCUGAUUUAUCAUUCUUAAGUCAAGCUGGCGCUGAAGAAGAUCGUAAAGGUACACCAACUAUGACCAAACGUCGAGGUUCUUGCUUGUCAACUACACAGUCAAAGAAAAAAUGCACUUGUACUAAGUGUGGAUGUCGAUCUACAUCUGCUGGUCGAGUUUUCUCUAAGGGUACAUGUUCAAAUAAACCACCCAAGUUGCAAACGUCUAAAAUACAAUCUGACCAAAAUAAAACCCUCUGUCGUAACUUUAAAGAUACUGAACAAACAAACACUCCGGAUAUCAUAUCCACCAUCAAUAGACCAAAAUCAAAUAAUGUCAAUAUUUGUACAGAAGUGCAGACAACAACCCAGAGUCGAUCACAUUGUCCUGAAACCAUUGAACGUUGUUCGACGUCUGAACCGGAUUUAGUAAACAGUUCAAUUUCUUCUAGUAAAGUCAAUCAACCAAUGUAUGGAUCAGUCGAUAGUGAUUCAUCAUGGAUUGGUUCUACUUCUACUACUCGAAAAUCUCACGAACAUCAGAAUAACUAUGAUUACAACAGUAACAAGAAUGCAUCGGAAAUAGACGAAUCACUUAGUUUGAAUUCACGACCAAAAAAAAGUGUUAGUUUCAGUGGAAAUAUUCGUUUAUUACAACUGAAUUCCAAGGAUUCUCAUCAUCAUUACAGUGAUACAUCAACACAACAAUCGCCUGAACCCAAAGUAAUCCCACGAAAUUGGGGUUUAUAUGGUCAAGAACAACCAUUGGCUGAAUUUAAUCCACGUUGUAGUCCAAGUUUGGAUGGUGAAAAAAAUGGAAAAUCAACUCAUCACUCUGAUAUUGAUGUUAGAUAUCAUGCAAUGGUCAAUGAUGUAAUCAAAGCAGUUCAAGAGACCGUUGCUUAUUAUUCCAAUCCAAAUAUGAAUUUAAAAAAUCAUGAAGAAUUAAAUGGUCAUAGUUUAUUGGCUAAUACGUCGUUACCUUAUUCAAAAGUUGAAGCGAUUGGCUCUUCUGGAAAACAACCUCUUUUAGCAGUUAUACCUCCUUUAACUAUUCUACUUUGUGAUGGUCUACUUCCACCAUCGAAACCGAUUUUCACUUCACGACCACGUACACGUUUAUGGCAGUUAGUUGAAGAAAGUUGUAGACCAGGCGCAUUGCCUACCGGUGUAGCUUAUCAUGUAUUGAAUGAUGCUAUUAGUCAAGUGAAAGCGUUGACUAACAUCACAUUAGAGAAAACAAAAUUUAAAGGAUUCAUAUGUGCUUGUUUAAACGCAAAAGCUUUACCAAUGUGGUUAAAUGCACUUGUAGCCAAUGAUACAUUAUUACGAAGAUUUUACUGUGAAAACGCAUUCAUACGCCAAUGUCGUGCUAGUCAACGUGAACUACACGCUGAUCUAAUGACACAUUUAGAACAAUUAUUAGCAUUCCCUUUUAAUCUAGAUAUAUCAAUUGAAGUACGUAAACCAUUCGUUGAUUCACAAUUGGUAAAUAACAAUUUGACCAAACCCUCUAUUCCAUCAACAUAUAUGACAACUAAUUCUAAACAAUUGAAUCAAUCAAAUCAUGGAAUCGAAUCAACAGCUGUGACAAAUAACAAGACUGGACGUUCAAAUAUUCCUCCUGCUACAGUUGUCACUCGUCGACAAAUGAUUUUCAAUGGCAAUUCCAAUAAUAAUAAUAAUAAUAGUCGUAUUCCGUCAGUAUCAUCACCUAUACAAACAACAACAUUAUCUUCAACAAAAUCUUCAAAUACCACAACAUCAUCAUCAUUGUCAUCAAAUAAUCACUGUUAUCCUCAACACCAUCUGCCUAAUCAACGUCCUAUACCGUCAAGACUACCGUCUGCUUCAAAAUCUAAUCUACGUUCAAAUGGUCAUAAUAACUCUGAGGCAAAUAUUGUUUGUUUAUCCACAGAAACUGGAUCAAUUCAUCCUAAAACAAAUUCUGAAAAUCAAAUAAGUUCACAAGCUGUAGUACGUAGUGGUCGAUUUAAAAACGCUUUGUCUAAUCUACGACGUAGUAAUGGUGGCAGUGGUAUUGGUUCACAUGUUUCGAAAUCAAAUGCUCGUACUUUAUUAAAUACUCCAUCUAAUUCGUCUACAUUAAACAAUAAUAACAAUAAUAAUAAGCUUAACAAUAUAUCUCAAAUGACUGAUUCCCAGCGAUGUACUACUACUACUACUAACGCUACUACAUCGCGCCAAUUAGAAAUGUGCAAAGCAAAUCCGACUAGGAGUCAAUUGCAAAAGCUUAAGCCGUCGUCAAAUUCGAAUAUUUCUACAGGAGGAGAUAGCAGUGGUAAUAUGGGACAUCAUUAGCUUGGUUUCUUGUUAUUUGUCAAAAUAUGUACAUUAUAAUUACAACGAAAUAUGUUAUAAAAUAAGCUAAGUGAUAAAGAGAAAAAAACAGGCCUCAAUCUACUAUCAGUAAAUUACAUCCCGGUCGCAUUUAGAAUUUAAAUAUAUCACUGUCCUUUCUCUUUCAUCUUUUUGUUAGUAAUUUCUUUGUAUGCUUUUCUUCAGUUUUCGUUUAGUUCCUUUGUUGUAUUCUUCUGCUUAUCUGUAUUGAACUCUUGAACUUUUUUUGUGUCCUCAUAGCAAGCGUACACAUAUGUAUGCACCAUAAACUUUUCACUAUCAUAUUUGAAUGGUUCAGAAAAGUGACAUUUCCAUCUGUCAAUUUCUAAUAUUGACAUUCAAAGAAAUAAGAAUCUUGUCUCCCUUCUUUGUAUUGCAUUGCUGUUAUUGUUGUUAUUAUCAUCAUCAUUAUUUUAUUGCUUUAUUUGGCAUUUACUGUAUUCUACAGUUUUUAACUUUCUUAUGCUAACUGAUAAACUGGAUGCUUCCCAGACCUAUUAUUAUCUUCGCUACUCUCAUUUGGCACUUCUUACUCUCCAUUUACUUUUCUCUCUCAAUCAUCUGUCUCCUAUGAUUUUUUCUAGCUUCAUAGAAGUACGAUACUAGUAUAUAUGUGUGUGCUUGUAUAUUCAUUCUCUAUUUGUGACCGAUUGCUUCUUCAUCUUUAUUCCACUCUCCACUUUCCCAUCUAAACAAUUUAUUUGCGCCAUAGUUAUAUUUUUAUUGUAUUUCUUGCUUGGUUUUUUCUUUUGUGUGACAAUUUCCGUUUGGUUUUCACAGUUCACUCAUAUAUGUGUUUCUGUGUAUGCAUGUUUAUGUGUUUUUAUAAUGUCCUUCAAAGCGUUAUCAUGAUAAGCAAUUAAAAUGUGAAACGGUUGAUUAUCAUUAUUUACUGCUUGUUUCUUUCUGGCAUAAAAUCGAUCAUGACAUUUUAUUUAAUGUAAUUUAUUAUUAUUCUUUCUUCAAUGGGUGCUAAUUUAUAGUUGCUUUAAUGUGUAUAUGAAUAAUGUCAAUUCAUCAGUCUUAAAAUUGGCUUUCAAUUUCGUAUAUUAUUCCUUCUGUUCUUAUUAGUCAUAUGGGUAUAUCUUCAAUUAUCGAUUAGGCAUUAUUCGGUUCACAAAAAUACAUGUAUGCGAUUAUAUCUCCUCCCUUCUAUAAUGUACGAUGACUCAUCACAUUGGACUGAAUUUUUCUCUCUCUCUCUCUCUCUCUGUGUGUCUCUGUUACCCACUAGAUGUUCAUUCCUUCAUUAUCUCUUGUAUGACGUUAAACAUAAUGAUUAUCAGCUCUUUUUUGUCUAUCCACAUAAUUAAUUUUACGUCGUUAACGUAUUACUACUAAGGCCGGCGAUAAUGAUGAUGAUGAUGAUGAUGAUGAAACAUUUUCUUAUUCCUUUUUUUUCACAUAAAAUUGAUGUGGGUUAGUUGACUGGUUGGUGGGAGCACACGAAAAAUCACAUCUGAAUGCUUAUUCUGUGUGUAUUUAUUUAUCAAAACAAUAUUUUCUGUGCUAAAUUUGUCUUUCAUCUUAUAUUAUAUUGAAUAAAGCCAUUGAUAAUAUUGACUUGUUCAUUUAUUUAUCUCAUUUAAUUUUUGCUUUGUUUUUAUCAAAAAUAGUAUUGUUCUCUUUGCCAGUUAUUGGAUAAUUAUAAAUAUUGUGAAAAGAAAAUGCAAGUGAUAAACUCAUACUAACUGGUGACAUUAAUUAAACUAUUCAACGUUCAAUUAUUUAUUUAUUUAUGCGCCUACUCAACAAUUGGUUUAUAUUUUCAAUUUUAUUCAUAAUAUCACUUUUAUGGUAUAAUUCAAAGUUAUCUAUCAUGUUAAACAGAGGAAUUCCAAUGUCUUUUGUUUAUAAAUGAUGUUUUCCCCCGUAAUUUUUGUCUUUGGAGUGUUUUUUUUUCUUCUUCUCUUUCUUCAAUUAUUUUUGAUUUGUGCUUUUUUUUCCUCUUUUUUUUUCAAUGUUGUUUUGUUUCUCUCUUUUAUUUGUCAUGAUUUGUUUCUUUUUUUCUCCCUUUAUUUAUUGAAUAAAAAUUGUAAAAACAUUGUUUUUCACCUUUUCAUCGUCUCUGUGGGUUUUUUUUUUGUUUUGUUUUUCAUUUGUUCUAUAAUUUUGAUUAGAAAUUAUGCUAAUUAUUAACAUGUUCCAUCAUGUGCCUGUGUAACAGUACGCGAUCAUUAUUAACCAACUAAAAAAAAACACAUCCCUACUGUCAACUAACUAUCAACUGUUCUCAUUAUGAUCAUUGCUUAUGAUACAACAAUUAACAGUUUUUCUUUUUGAUCGUCUGUUUUCACUCAAUUAUUGCUUGUUUUUGCGGAUAUUAUUCUUUUCAACUAACUGUUCAUUUCUUUAAUAGUGUAAUUUAAUAGAAGAGUAAAGUGUGAUAAAUUAUUCUCUUUAAUAAUGUAUGUAUUUCAGCAUGUGUAAAAUUAUGAACUGAGGUUGUUUGGUCGCUUGUAUUUACGAUUUAUGUCCAAAUUUUCUAUCAUUAUCAUUUGAAGUUAUAUACAAAACUUAUGAUAAACAGCAUUAUUUGUUAUUUGUGAUUGUUUAGUCUAAUCAAUCUUGAGUAAAAGAGGAAAAAAAUAGAUUAGAAGUUUUAUGUGAAAUGAUAAUGUUGGUUUACUUCACUAAAAGAAAAUUUAUAAAUACAUAUAUACAUAUUUCUUAAUCAAUUAUUGUUUUCAUUCUAUUGCCUUUUGUUUGUAUUCAAUAUUGAAAAGUAGUUGGGAUUGUUGUAAUCGGUUGAUUGUUUGUUUAAUGAAUUGAGGAUGUUUGUAUUAUUAAGUAUAUUAUUAUUUUUUCGCUUUCUUUUUGAUAGUUUGAUUUUAUACUCAUGUAUCUUAUGAGUAUUGUUUUAUUUAAGUGAUUUUUAUCCAAAUUUCAGUUAGUUAAAGUAAGCAUCAUCUUAUAUUUAUGGGAUAUUACUGUCGAGUGAAUUAGUUAGUUUGUUUAUUUUGUUACUGUGUUAACGUGAUUGAAAUUCGCCUCCCCUAAAUCCAUAUUCAUUUGCUUUCAUAUUUACAGUCAUAAAUUAUUGUUUCAGAUUGAUAAUGGACUAGUGUAGUACUAGUUUACAGUUACU